AUGGCGUCGUCGGGGAGUGGUGGAACGGGAUCUCCGUGCGGGGCAUGCAAGUUCCUGCGGCGGAAGUGCGCGUCGGAUUGCAUAUUCGCCCCGUACUUCUGCUCGGAGCAAGGACCCGCACGGUUCGCCGCCAUUCACAAGGUGUUUGGCGCCAGUAAUGUGUCCAAGCUGUUGUUGCACGUACCGGUUCCUGAUCGCUGCGAGGCUGUUGUCACUAUUGCCUAUGAAGCUCAAGCCAGGAUUAGAGACCCCGUUUAUGGUUGUGUCGCUCACAUUUUUGCCCUUCAACAACAGGUUUUUUUUCUGCAAUCCCAACUGAUGCAAGCAAAAGCUCAACUUGCUCAAAACCUCAUUGAUCAUUCACGAAGCCUAGAGAAUCAAUGGCCAGGAAUAAAUCUUAACGUCAACGAUGUUAAUUCAGCGGCUAAUAAUAACUUUCCAAGCCAAUAUCAAAAUUACUGCAACAAUAUGAACCCCAUUUCGCCUCAGAGCUCACUGGAGUCGGUGGACCUCAACAACAACAACAAUAUUCAUGAUGCGAUGAUCAUGAACGCUCAUCGGGAGAUACAAAGCGCCGGCAGAUCAUCAAUAUCAUCGGAGGAUUUCUUGGUUCAAGCUUGUACUUCUAGGAAGAGACCUAAUUAUAACGGUGACUUGGGUGAGCUUCAAGCUUUGGCCUUCAGAAUGAUGAGGAACUAA